AUGCAGAUGAUGGGCAAUAUGAUCUUAUUUUAUAACACAGAGAUUCGGGGCUCGGACCCCCUCCCCGAGCUCAGGGUAACUUUUAAAGUGGAGGGGACCCCAGUGAACUUUGAAGUAGAUACAGGAGCAGUAUAUUCAGCCCUCAAGGCCCCACUGGGCCCUCUAUCUAAUAAAAGAUCCUUAGUUCAAGGGGCUAAUGGCAGUAAAUAUCGGGCUUGGACAACAAAGAAGACAAUGGACCUAGGAAGGGGAAAAGUCCAGCCCUCUUUUCUAGUAAUCCCAGAAUGCCCGGCCCCAUUAAUGGGCAGGGACCGACUCACCAAGCUCCAGGCUAAAAUAACCUUUAACCCUGAUGGUCCUCAAGUGGAGUUCCUACACCCUUCAGUAAAGACCCCCAUAGUCACGGCUCUGACUAUGUCAGUAGAAGAUGAACAUCAACUCUUCACGGCCCCUGGGACCGAUCAAACAGCUAGACUACCCCAGAGGUGGAUAAAAGAUUAUCCUGAUGCCUGGGCAGAAACUGCUGGGUUAGGUCUGGCCAUAAAACAACCUCCAAUAGUAGUAGAAUUAAAAGCCUCUGCCUCUCCAAUCAGUGUCAAACAAUAUUCUCUAAGCAAAGAAGCUAGGGAUGGGAUAAGACCCCAUAUUCAGAAAUACCUGGCUCUAGGGGUCCUAAGGCCCUGUCAAUCGGCCUGGAAUACCCCCCUGUUACCAGUAAGAAAGCCAGGAACUGGGGAUUACCGUCCUGUUCAAGACCUGAGAGAGAUCAACAACAGAGUGCAGGUCAUUCACCCCACGGUGGUGCCUAACCCAUAUAAUUUGCUUAGCACUCUGAAUCCAGAGCGGAUAUGGUACACUGUGCUGGACUUAAAAGAUGCUUUCUUCUGCUUGCCCCUGCAUAAGGACAGUCAGUUGUUGUUUGCUUUCGAAUGGAUAGACCUAGAAAUAGGAACAUCUAGCCAACUAACCUGGACUCGACUCCCACAGGGGUUCAAAAACUCCCCCACUCUCUUUGAUGAAGCUCUCCACAGGGACCUCAACGACUUCAGAACUGCACACCCAGAACUCACCUUACUCCAAUAUGUGGAUGAUCUGCUGCUGGCAGCCGACACCAAGGAGAACUGUGAGUCUGGGACCCAAGCACUGUUAUCCGAGCUUGCUCAGUUCGGAUAUAGGGCUUCUGCCAAAAAGUCCCAAAUUUGUCAACAAGAAGUAAUCUUCCUGGGUUAUUCUCUUAGGGGCGGCAAAUGAUGGCUUACUGAGCCCAGAAAAUGAACUGUUGUGCAGAUACCGCCCCCAUCUAAUAAGAGACAGCUCAGAGAGUUUCUUGGGACUGCCGGCUUUUGUAGGUUAUGGAUUCCUGGGUUUGCGUCUUUGGCUGCCCCUUUAUACCCAUUGAUAAAGGGGGAUGUCCAAUUCCAAUGGACCCCUGAACACCAACAGGCUUUUGAUAAUAUCAAAAAGGCAUUGCUAUCUGCCCCGGCCUUGGCACUCCCAGAUGUAGAAAAACCCUUCACUCUCUACAUGGAAGAAAAGAAAGGAAUAGCGCGGGGAGUGCUCACUCAGACUUUGGGACCUUGGAAAAGGCCGGUAGCAUACUUAUCAAAGAAACUGGACCCAGUGGCUAGUGGGUGGCCCCAUUGCCUAAGGGCCAUAGCAGCGGCAGCCCUUCUGAUAAAGGAUGCUGAUGAAUUAACGUUGGGACAGAAGCUGACUAUUAUAGCCCCCCAUGCCCUGGAGAGCAUCAUCUGUCAGCCUCCAGACAGGUGGCUAUCGAACUCCAGAAUAACCCAUUACCAGAGCCUCUUACUUGACAAGGACAGAAUAACGCUGGGACCCCCUGUUCCACUCAACCCAGCUACACUACUGCCAGAAGAAUCAUCAGGACUUGUAGCUCAUGAUUGUCAACACAUACUGGCAGAGGAGACCAGUGUACAACGAGACUUAAAGGAUCAGCCACUGCCCCACCCUGAGGUCAUAUGGUUUACGGAUGGGAGCAGCUUCCUCCAAGAUGGUAAGCGGCGGGCUGGAGCAGCAGUAGUUAGCAAAACUAAUGUUAUCUGGUCCUCUGGCCUUCCAGAAGGAACAUCAGCUCAAAAAGCAGAGCUAAUUGCCCAUACAAAAGCACUGGAGCUAGCAUCAGGCAAAAGAGCCACCAUAUACACUGAUAGCCGCUAUGCAUUCGCCACUGCUCAUGUGCACGGGGCUAUUUACCAGCAAAGGGGGCUACUAACCUCCGCCGGGAAGGAAAUAAAGAACAAAGAUGAGAUCCUCCACCUUCUCUCGGCAGUAAAAGGCCCUAAAGAACUGGCUAUAGUGCACUGUCAGGGGCACCAGAAGGGAAAUGACCCCGUGGCAGUUGGAAACAGGCGGGCAGAUGAGGAAGCUAAGUUGGCAGCCCUAAACGGAGUGACCCUGUUAACUGUUUCUACACCAGGGGAACAACAACUGGGAAACUUGGCUGCACAGGAACAUUCAGGCAACUUAUGGCCUGGGGACACAGACACCGGACUCAGGGAUCCCACAGAGCCAAGUUUACAAUUCCAAAAAGCUCAACUCUACAUCAAAGAUGUACACCAGCUCACCCAUUUAGGCUCGAAGAAGUUACAGGCACUCUUGAAGGACAAAAGAAAGGACUUAUCGUUGACUGACUCGCAGAGGAAAUAAAUAGCUGAGCAGGUGACUAGAGCUUGUCAAGUCUGUCAAUUAGUUAAUGCAUACCCAUCCAAGCUUCCAGUAGGAAAGCGUUUGCGAGGGACCAGACCCGGACAGUUCUGGGAAGUGGACUUUACUGAAAUCAAGCCAGCAAGGUAUGGACUUAACUAUCUCCUAGUCUUUGUAGAUACGUUUUCAGGAUGGGUAGAAGCCUUCCCCACGAAGAAAGAAACAGCUCAGAUGGUGGUCAAAAAGAUUCUGAAAGACAUCUUUCCAAGAUUUGGACUGCCUAAGGUAAUAGGGUCCGAUAACGGACCGGCGUUUGUGGCCCAGGUAAGUCAGGGAUUGGCCAGGACCCUGGGGAUUAAUUGGAAGUUACAUUGUGCCUAUAGACCCCAGAGUUCAGGACAGGUAGAAAGGAUGAAUAGAACCAUCAAAGAGACCUUAACAAAAUUAAGCUUGGAGAUCAGCAUAAAAGAUUGGACUAUGCUCCUACCUUAUGCACUGUUUCGUGCAAGAAAUACCCCCUCUGUCUCUUUGUGCAACCUCACCCCCUAUGAAAUUCUCUAUGGGGCCCCUCCUCCAAUCAGGGAUCUGACCCCAACCCUGACACUUAACAAGAUUCCGAUUUUUCACACCCCCUUGCUUAACAGACUUAAAGCCCUUGAACACACCCAGCGAUACCUGUGGAAACAGUUGGCCACUGCUUAUCAGCCCGGAGAAAAGGGAACCCCACACCGAUAUCAAGUGGGAGACUUCGUCUACGUGAGACGACAUCAGGUGUCAUCCUUGGAACCCCGCUGGAAAGGACCAUACCAGGUGCUGCUUAUAACACCUACAGCAGUGAAAGUAGAUGGAAUUGCUCCCUGGAUCCAUGCCUCCCAUCUCAAGCCUGUGCCCUGUCCAGACUCCGGCUGGAAACUGGAACAGACUGACCACCUAUCACUCGAAUGUCUGACCAUUUCAUCAAUUUGA